AGUAAUUAAUGUUAUAAUUUAUAAUGAUUUGAAAUCACGAGUCCAAUGCAGGUCAGAAAACAAUAUAUGAACUUACUUCCAAUGCAGGUCAGAAAACAAUAUAUAAACUUACUUUGAUUUCAAAAAAAAAAAAUUGCAUACCAGGAAUAGCUAGGUUGAUUAGUUGUUAAACAUCUAGCUAGUGGAAUUGUGAAAACUCCAAAAAGUGAGAUUGCAAAUUCGAGCAAACAGAGAUUAAUGGCAAAUCCUUCGAUAGAGGAAGAUGAAGAAGCGAUGGAAAAGCCCCUCCUGAGCAGCUCAGACACCGAGCCCCCAAACUCAAAGGGAGGCAUCAGAACCUUGCCUUUUAUUUUGGCAAAUGAGGCAUUUGAGAGGUUGGCAAAUUAUGGGCUGCAACCAAACAUGGUUCUGUAUCUGACCCGAGAGUAUGGUCUCCGAGCUGCCACAGCGGCCAACGUACAGUUUCUAUGGUCCGCCGCUACAGAUUUCACGCCCAUUGUUGGUGCUUUUCUUGCGGAUUCCUAUGUGGGUCGUUACCCAAUGAUCGGAUUCGGCUGUAUCCUUUGCCUUCUGGGAACAGUUUUACUAUGGUUAACGACCAUCAUUCCACAAGCAAGGCCUUUUUGCGACCAAUUUAGCUUUAGAUGCACGAAUCCAGCGGCAUCCCAACUCUUAAUCUUAUACUCUUCUUUUGGCCUUCUGUCAAUUGGAGCUGGUGGUAUAAGAUCAAGUUCAUUGGCUUUUGGUGUAAACCAAAUGGACACAACAAAGAACCCGCAGGGAGACACGAAGCGCUUAUCCAGCUUCAUCAGUUUGUACAGUGUGGUCGUCAAUAUUUCAAUAUUUAUUUCAUUCUCAUGUAUAGCCUAUAUUCAAGAGCACAUGGGUUGGAAUGUGGGCUUUGGUGUUCCUGCUUUGCUUAUGUUAUUGUCAGUGAUUUCCUUCUUCUUGGCUUCUCCUUUCUACAUUAAGUUGAAGCCUGAAACCAGUAUUCUCACUGGAUUAGCACAAGUUGUUGUUGCAUCUUACAGAAACAGAGACAUUCAAUUGUCUUCCUCUGACACAAUCGAAUACUAUCACACCAAAGGAUCAAUCCCCGCGCCUAGUGAAAAAUUAAGGUUUCUUAACAAGGCAUGUAUCAUCAGAAAUGACCAACAAAGCCUUACUCUAAAUGGAAUCGUAGUUUCAGAUCCGUGGAGUCUUUGUACAGUGAAUCAAGUGGAAGAUCUCAAGGCACUAAUAUGGAUAAUACCAAUUUGGACAACUGGGGUCUUCAUGUUUCUGACAACCAGUCAAAGCUCAUUUCCUGUAAUCCAGGCAACAUCCAUGGACAGACAUAUUACUUCAAGCUUCGAAAUUCCUGCUGGCUCGUUUGGUAUGUUUGUUGUAGUUUCUAUGUCACUAUGGCUCUGUCUCUACGACCGCAUAAUUCUCCCUCUAGCAUCAAAAAUCAAGGGACAAUCUGUUUCAUUGAGUUCCAAAAACAGAAUGGGAAUUGGAAUUUUCCUCGGUUGCAUAAGUAUGUCAGCGUCAGCGAUUGUGGAAAGUGUUCGGCGGAAAAGGGCAAUCCAACAAGGAUUUUCGGAUGACCCGCAUGCCUUGGUGAACAUGUCUGCUUCGUGGCUAAUACCACAAAACAUCUUUCUUGGUGUAGCGCAGGCUUUCAAUGCAAUCGGCCAAAUUGAGUUCUAUUACUCUGAGCUGCCUAAAAGCAUGUCUAGUAUUGCACUGAGUCUGAAUUUGCUGGGGUCGUCUAUUGCAAACUUGAUUGCAAGUUUAAUUAUAAGCAUCGUGGAUGAUAUUACUAAAAGAGGAGGCCAUGAGAGUUGGGUUUCGGACAAUAUGAAUCAGGGACAUUAUGAUUACUAUUGUUGGCUUCUUGCAGGUUUAGGGGUUGUCAAUUUCGUUUACUACAUUGCUUGUAGCAAAGCUUAUGGUCCUUGUAAAAACCAAGGAAUAACGAUUUAGGUGGAGAUGAUGAGAUAAUCAGCUGAUUAGUAUUUGGUUAAAUUAAUUCAUUAGCAAGUGGUUUAGUAUCCAUAAAUGUUUCUUUUUCUGGGGUAUUUUAUAAGAUAAUAACUCUAUCAUCAUUA